UUCGCCCGUGCAUCGUCCAGAGUGCACCGCGGCUCGGCCAGGCGGGGACGCGGCGCUGCGUGCCGCCUCUAUUUAUAUAUUGACGCGCCCCGCGCCCCUCGCGCACGCGCAAUGCGCACCUGAAAACGUCGAAAGUGAAAAUUGCACAUAAUGGUACCGCACGGUGCACUGCGCCGCUCACAGGACUAAACAUAACUACACACGUGAAACGCGCGAAGAACCCGGCACCGGCGGCUUCUAGCGGGCCGCUAGGAUGGCCGUUGAGCGCACGCCGACACCCGGCACUGCGGCAGUACUGCGUCACACAUCAGCUGUACCGGCGCGCUCGUGACGUCUCGUGUUCGAGCCGGCGCGAUGGCGUCCACGAUGCAGCUGGAGUUCACCCAGGCGAUGACGGAUUUUAAGACGAUGUUCCCGGACAUGGACGACGACGUAAUCGAGGCGGUGCUGCGCGCGAACCAGGGCGCCGUGGAUGCCACCAUCGAUCAGCUGCUGGCGAUGAGUACCGACAACCAGAACGAGAGGUUGCGGCUGGAGAUGGAGAGGGUGGAAGGUGCGAGCCCGCGCAGGCCGCGCCGCACCUCGCGCCCGCAGCGCAACGGCGAAGACAACGACACCACGGCACUCGUAGACAUCGACGACGACUCGGUACCGCUAGCCGUACGAAGGAAAUGGGUACCGCGAAUGCUUGGACCUUUACCGCCCAUGUUUCUGCGCAUACCACCUGGCACUGACGCGCGAAUAGACCUGAGUUUGGACAUGGACGACGACCGCAUAGCCACGUUUCUGCAGAAUGAGGAGUUCAUGGCUGAACUCAGGUGGAACCAGGAGUUCAUGGCGGCGUUGGAUAGCGAGCAGGGGAAGACGAAGGGUGAUGACGAAGCGGAUUUUAAGGAGCGGCUUAAGAAUAUGGGGAAACUAUCGCGCAAGAAGUUCGCACAACUGUCGCGCAUGUUCUCACGCAGCUCGGGCGCGUCGCGGCGCUCAGGCGGAGCGCGCGCUCCUCCGCGCGGUCCGCCCGACAGCCUGCUGCUACAGGAGGAACACAGCGACGAUGAAGACCAUCACCGGCCUCACAAGGUUUAACUGCACAGUACGACAGCUAACGGGUAGAGUUUUAGGGCCUGUUUACUCGUAGUUUUGCCUAUCCGGACAGCUUUGAUAACAUAUUUAAUUGAAGCUGCUGCUGCGCCCACACAGCAAAUGAUAGAUUGAGAAAACGCGCUCCACGUAUUCUAUUUCCCCACUACUUUGGGAAAUGAAUAAUUAAGAAGUGGGGCGGACGUACGUGGAUAGCACUAAACUGAAAUAGUAAUCGUUCGCUACGAGUAGCUAGAUGUGUUGUACGCAGCACCAGUUCGACCUUUAGGAAUGACUAAAACGGCCUUAAAAACAUUAUGGGUGCUCAUGAAUCUGGUAUAAAUGAGUGUUCAUAGCGAUGUCUGUUCGAGGCUGUUUGGGAACGACUGGACUUGAAAGGCGUAUUACUUUUAUUCUACAAUACCUACCUACUAUUUACUGUAAAUACUACUAACUAUUAUAUAUUUAGUUACUGUAAACGUCAGUAAGUAACAGUUACGAAUCAUAAUAUGCGUAGACGAUACUGUCACAGAUGAAAAGGGUAUGUAAAUUUAAACUGCUGCUACUCACGCAUUGUAGAUAUACGAGGGCUGUUUGAUAAGUACCCGUUUUCUAAAUCUAUUAAUAUCACUUUCCGAAAAUAUGUAUACCACCGUGUUAAGCCAUUAUUCAGAGGCGGGAAAAUAAAAAAAAAAACAGCAUUCUUUUGUUUUUUUUUCUCAUUUGACAGCGAUUCAGUGAAAGCGUGAACAUAAAAUUGUAAAAAUGGAGAAAGAACAGUAUCGGUCUGUAAUUAGAUUCUUGUUUUUGGAAGGAAAAACAUGUAAUGAAAUAAAAGUAAGAAUGCAAGCGGUUUACCAUGAAUGUGCUACUUCUAUGACAACCGUCAGAUACUGGUUUAACGAGUUUAAGCGGGGGAGAACAACCGUCUUUGAUGAGGAUCGCCCAGGCUACCCAAUUGAGGUGACUACAGACGAUAUGGUAAAGAAAAUUGAAAAUAUCGUUUUAGCCGACCGCCGAAUUAAACUUCGAGAAAUCGUUGAUGUUGUAAACGUUUCAAUCCAGCAGUUACAAAACAUAUUAGAAGAAAAAUUGGAUAUGAAGAAAGUAUCGGCGAGGUGGGUGCCGCGUUUACUCACGGAGGAGCAAAAGCGGAGCCGAUGGACUACUUCGGAGCAGUGUUUGACCGUGUUCAAACGUAACCCGAAGGAGUUUAUGCGUCGUUUCGUGACCGUAGACGAAACAUGGGUUCACCACUACACCCCGGAAAUGAAAGAGCAGUCGAAGAAGUGGAUUUUACCGGGUGAACAUGCUCCAAAGAAAGCAAAAACCAUCCCAUCGGCUGGAAAGGUCAUGGCGACCGUUUUUUGGGAUUCGCAGGGUAUUAUAAAUAUUGACUACUUAGAAAAGGGGAAAACGAUAACAGGGCAGUACUAUGCCAUUUUAUUGGAUGAAUUUGACGCUGUGUUGAAGGACAAACGACCCCAUUUAAAAAAGAAAAAAAGUACUGUUUCAUCACGACAACGCCCCAGCUCAUUCGUCCAGAGUUGUGUGGCUAAAUUAACACGGUUACGCUACGAACUAUUGCCUCACCCCCGUAUUCUCCAGAUUAGGCCCCAUGCGAUUUAUUUUUGUUUCCCAACCUGAAAAAAUGGCUCGGUGGUAAGCGAUUUCGAUCAAAUGACGAAGUCAUUGCCGCCACAGAGGCCUAUUUUAAUGACUUUCCGAAAUCAUACUUUUUGGAUGGUUUAUUGAAGCUUGAAUAUAGGUAGAACAAAUGUAUAGAGUUAAGAGGUGACUAUGUAGAAAAAUAAAUGCAUAUAUACAAAAACAACUGAUUAUUUUUUUCAUAAACGGGUACUUAUCAAACAGCCCUCGUAAGUAUUGUUUUUACAACAUAAUCCAUCAGGAAUUGUAAACGCUUAUCCAUCAAGCUCUAGUCGAGCAGAUACGUAGCGCUACGUAUUGCUAGAGGUAAAGACAAGACUGUACUCUGUUUAGAGGUGGAUACGAUUGUUAUAUGUAAACAGUAAAUGAAACUAAAGACGAUACGGGGAAUAGCUGCAAAGCACUCUCCAAAGAAAGGCUGAUAAGGAAAAUUUUGUAUAAAAUUUAUUCACAUUAUAGUUAGAUACUUAAUGUAAAUAACUGUUGUAGACUCGAUAAGUAGAUUGCUCUAUCUUUUACGUCUUCAAAUUUAGAUGCCGUUAGCGGAUUCUUGUUAGGAUCAAUUUCUAGUUGCCUAUCUUGGUGAUCACCCGGCUAGCCUAAGGCACAGAACAUACGGAGGGUUAUGGUACUUACAUACCGCACUUCACAGAGUGAAUGCAACUGUAAAUAAACUGCGCAAACUAUUUGUACCCACGUGUAAAAAAUGAAUUUUGUCAUAAAUUAAGAAAAUGUGAAUUAGACCGACUGACAUCUGAUUUGCAAUCCCUUUGCUUUUGAUUGGCUUAAGACACCAUCGGCACGCAACAUGCAGAGCUCUCAGACUAGCUAAUAAGUUUAGGUACCUAUCUAGGUUUUAUAUUCAUCACCAAACCUGCGCGCUCGCUCACAGCAAGCACGGCACCAAGCCGCUCCGUGUAUUCUGCGCCUAACUACAAAUUGCAACGUCGAAAUAUGCAUCGACUAUUAUCCCUGCUUGUGCCCGUUCGGGUCACCGCAAGAGUAUAGGGUUUCGUUCAUAAUCCACUAAUGACUUAUUCCAGAAUAUUAGGCAAAUUAAUAGGUAUGUGGAUCCUGAUUUUGAUUUGAAUCGAAAUCACUUUAGUACGUUAGUAUUUUGAACUCUUGUUUUUAUAAAGUAGUUGUGUAUUUCUAGUCUCCAUUCCAAAGUUACCUACCUAUAUUUAUGUUUUUAGAUUUUAAGUUGUGUGACUAAGGAGGCUACUGUCAGUAGUUAGUAGAAACUUUGUCCUUCCUCGGCAAUAAAAUUUACGACAUUUGAUCAACGGUAAAAACGUCGCAGAAAGCCGCAUUAACUACAUUGUAUAGUUACUAAAAUUUUAUAAGAAGCUUCUUCAUAGCUUGUCCCGCGUUUGGGAACUCUGCUAUAAACGUGUGAGGGAUGAGCAGCCAUGCGUGGCUCUUUCGCUUGCUAAGUACUUGCUUUAGCGAACCAGCACACUGGGUACACAAGACGAGAUCUGUCUGUAACAAUAAGAACGAUGUGUAGGGUACGGUGACUAAUACUGGUUAGACUGAGGCGAUUACUCGGUAAGCCAUAAGAACAGCAGCCGAGGCCUUUGGCCCUGGCCGACACUGAGCUAGGGAAGAUAAAAUGUUACGCAAUUUAAAUAAAAAGUUAUUUCUAUAA